AUGAGAACCCUGUCUGCCUUUGCUGUUUUCGCCUUUGUGGCCGCCGUCGCCUUGGCCAAGGAGAUUCCGAAGGCGCAGCAGGCCGAUGCGCUCGACGCGACCAAGGAGAUUGUCAAAGGCAAAGCCAUCCACGCCCUCGACAAGUCCCGAGCCAGCCACGAAACGAUGCGCGAGUGCUCUUGCAAGGAGAUGGACGAGUGCAUCGAGGACAUGAAGACCGACGCCAAGCAGUGCUUCGACCCCUGCUUCGACGAGUUCAAGAAGAUCCAGAUGGUCGAAAAGCCCGACAUCUUGAAACAGUGCAUAAAGGACAAGGAGAGGGUGCUCGAUCGGGUGAUGCCGUGCAUCAAGACCAACCUGCACGCUUGCACCGACGGUUCCACCGAGAAGAAGGUCCCCACCCUUGACUUCAACGCGUUCAUCGGACAAGUGGAAGAUGACAUCGAGACCAAGGCCGACGCCUUCUUGAAGACCGUCAAGUCCAAGGAGAUGAACACCCUUGCCGCCGCCCUCAAGUCCGGCCAGCUCUGCUUCAAGAACUGCUUCCUCAACGAGAAGAACCCCAAGGGCAACUGCUUCGAGCGCAAGGGGUGCAUGCCCCACAUCACCGACGCCGCCGCCAAGAAGACGAUCGACACGUGCGGCGACAAGAUCGACUGGGGCCACGAGAUGGAGACGAUGUGCACGUGUGGAAAGCAAGCGGGACUUGGUGUUCUCAAGAACUUCUGUGAUCUCCUCGCCGAACUCAGGCAA